UAUUGUCUGUUGUGUUGUCAAGUAUCUAUUAUGGCAACCACCUGUCUCUAAUUGAUGAUCAUCAAUUAUAACUAGCUGAUGUUAGUCAGUCAUAGCUCUUUCAGCUAUCAACUGUUAAGGAAUGGAUAGUAGUGUGAGCACACCCCUAGUUCAUGCCCCAGUCGUCCCCCUUCACUCUCCCCAACGCCUCAUGUCCCCCUCACGACUGGCCAAACUCCCACCUAUAACCUCCAACCAGGACGAAUCCCAAUACCUGCACACAGCCAAGUCAGAGCUCAAGGACUCCAUGCACCACUUACUUGAUGAGGCACAGACAGUCGAAAUAAGAAUGCAAACUGCUGUCGAGACUCUCUGGAAAGGAAUGGUUGAUUUGAUGGAAUCAAAGGAGGGAGCCUUCAAGAGAAAUCUUUUAAAAGAGAAAGAGGAACUGGCUAUAGCAACCGCGCAACUAAAGAGACUAACAGAGAGAGAAGCAGCACUAGCCAGUCAGAAUACCAAGCAGAGUGUUGACUUGGUUGCGGCCGAAAAGCGACACCAAUCACUACAGGAAGAACUCACCAGAGUUAAAGGAGAACUGAAAUCAAAGGAAAAUGAGCUUAGCUCUACGCGUGAAGACUCAAAAUCCAAGUCAGACAAAUCCAGUACAGAGAUGGAUGCCCUGAGGAAAAAAUCAAUUGAACAGUCAAAACUUAUUAAAGAGUACCAAGAAAAGGUAUCUAAGAUGACUGAGAAGCUACAGAAGUUGUCCGGAGAUAUCAUUUCAGAAAAGGAAUUGUCACAGCAACUGCAGAAGAAUUCCACUAGUCAGAUGAACCAAAAGACGUCGGAGAACAGAAAAAUGGCAUUAGAAAUUUCUAAGCUUAAGGCUCAGCUAGCUUCCAAUACAACCACACUGUCAGCCACUAAAGAAGAAGUCAAGAAACUAGAAACACAGUUGAAAAGUUUGGUAGGUGAUUCGGAGGAAAUUGUGUCAAGCUUGAACAAGAAGCACAAUGCAGUAAUAAAGUCACUUGAAGAGAAGAUACAGCUGCUGAAAAAAGAACUGGCUAGACAGCAAGCUACCCAUGAAAAAGAAAUCCAUAUGUUGAAUGAGAAGGUUCAUAAUGCACUACGCACUAGUGCUGGUGAAGAUGACUACAUGCUAGCAAGGAUCAAGUUCCUUCAACACCAGAACCAGCAAGAAAAAGUGAAACUACAGCAACAGAAAACCAAGUAAUUAUGUAUGUCUUUCGAUGGACAUCUUAAAAAUUGACUGACUGUUUGCGAUGUCACUGUUUAGCUCAUUUUACUGGUAUUUAAUUCUAGAUCUUGCUUAAGUUGCGAAAUCAUUUAAUUACUCGCAAGUGGUUUUAAUUGCAA